ACAGACGUUAGAGAGACGGUGUCGUUUGAAUCCCUAACCGUUUUGGUCCGUUUCAACCAUCCAUGCCAUCCUACCCUCUUUCUCGAUAGGCUCGUCAGUAACUGCGAUGGGCCAUCAACAGCCCAAAUCCACCACCGCAGCGCCACCGUUACUCCGCCGUAUCCACAGUAUCGACAACACAAUCUCCCUCUACAUCCACACCCUCACAAGCCCCAUCGCUCCAAGAACCCUCCUCCGCCUCCUAGAACUCUUCGCCGACUUCCGCUUCUUCUUCCCCGUCACUCUCUCACUCUUCUUCGCCACACCCUCUUCCUCUCCCCUUCGCUUCCACCUCCUUCUCUCCCUCCUCCUUUGCUCUCUCCUUGAUCUCGUCUUCAUUGGUCUAAUAAAAUUCCUCGUUCGCCGAUCUCGCCCUUCCUACUCCUCUCACGCCGAAUACAACGCCGUAGUUCCCGUCGAUAAAUUCUCCUUCCCUAGCGGUCACUCCUCUAGGGUUUGCUUUGUUGCCUCUAUCGUUUCCCUUUCCCGCCCUUGGAUCCUCGCCGAUCUCGACCGUCCACGUGUCAUCCAUCGCUGGAUCGCGGGAAAUGAAGUUUUGGCCGUUGACGUCCUCAUCGCGGUUGUUUGGUCUUGGGCCAUAACCACCGUAAUUUCUAGGGUUGCUCUCGGGCGGCAUUACGUUCUCGAUGUCUUCUUUGGAUCGUGCUUCGGUGUCCUCGAAGCUCUCUUCACCUUACGCUUUCUCCAAUUCCAAGUGUUUGUUUGAGGUUUUCAUGGAGUGCAUUGUACUGAUGCUACCCGAGAGGAUGGAAUCUUUAGAUCCUCAUUGGCAUCUUGAUCCUCACAGUAACAGACAAUUUUGGAGACCUUUACGACUACAUCUUGCAAAUACUGCUUGGUCUCAACCCUUGUUCAAUUGUUAAAAUUGCGUUGCAGCUGCAAUGCUGUCAGUAAUUUAUUCCUCGCAUUUAACUAUCUGUCUCUCUCUCUUACUCCCCCCUACACAUAUAAAUAAUAAAUGUAGACAUGUGAUAUAGCAUCCAUGGUACAGCAGAUCUGGAUAUCAUUUAUUUGCAGCUUUUUGUCUUAUGGUUCUAUUCAAAACUAUAGCAUGUAUGAUUUACAUUGAGUUCUUUAUGCGGUGUGCAAAUUUGCUACUGCUGUCAGAUGUUUCUAAUUUUUGCAGAGGUACUAGUGAAAGACAAUUUGUUCUGUAUUCGCCCGCAGACUUGAAAAUCUGAAAUGCGUUGUCAUUUCUGACAAUUGCUGCAAGAAUCUGGAGUUGGUUUAAGUAUAGUCAGCCUAUCUCCGAUACCUACUUUGUUCUUUCAGGUGGUUUGAACAUUAGUGUCUGAAUUCUGGUAGUAUUCAUCAGGAAAACAUUACAUUAUGAUAAUUACAAGUAAGCAUAUGCUAAUGGGCAUUCCGUAAUCUGUUAUGUUUGAGCAAAAGAAGGUUUUUCUUUUAGGAUUUGGUUAAAAGGAACCGUAUUUUGUCUGAUGUGUCUGUUGCCGACCGUAAACUGAAAUUUAGACUAUCAUCAAUUGAUGGAUAAAAAGUUGUUAGGUCAGUUGCUUCUUUUGCAUGUGCCUUCUUACCGCGUGCGUUACUUUAUGUGAUAAGAUGUUUUUGAUUGACUGAUUGAUUGCUCUUUGCUUUCCUUUCAAUUUUGGAAAAAAGUUCAUAAACUUACCAAAUCAGCGCAGACGGUGGUUGUUAUGUUGUGCUGGCAGCUUCAUUGCCAUAGUUAGGAUGUGGUUAUGUGGAGCACACCAAAAGUCGAGUGUAUCAGGUCGCUUUUGGUUUAAUUGACUUGACAGGUGGGGCUGAUUACUAUUAAAUCCAAGUGAAUUUUAAGCACCUCAAUUUAGAGGGGCAUUCAUCCUCUUUCAUAUUAGUCCGCGGAACAUUGACAAUUUCUCUCUCUUUUCAUGUCUGUUUCUUCGUUCAUUUGCUGACAAAUUAUUUCAUUCACAUUAAAGUUCUGCGUUGAUAACCAUGGAUUAAGAAGAGAAAUCAUUAUCAACUUGGGUACUGCUCAAACAGGUUAUUGGUGGUAUCCACUUGAACUUGAGGGACCUACAAUGUACCUGGAGCACUGCAUGUCUGUUAUUUUGCCAAGUGAAUACUUACUGCUCAUGAUUUGUCGUGAUGAUAAGAAAGAAAAU